GGAAGGAGAAAAGAUACUUAAUUUUAAGGGAAUGAGACUGAAUCUGAUUGGAUAAACAGGGACACCGCUUUAAUGAGUUUUUAAAUGUUCAGGAAGGAAAGAUUUGAACAGAUAGGCAGAACCAAGGAAAUUGGAUGUGGAAGACAUUUGCUUAAGAAUAAGCUGGUCACGGGAUUUGGAACUGGAGUUCUUUCUUUGGGUACUAUAUACACAUACCUAACUUGGCUUACUAUUUGAGGCAGGGAGAUCAGUCGUGAGUAGGAGUAUUCCACCUUGGAGGCGAUUUGUGUUGAAGAGUUUUAUAUGCUAUCUCUGGCGUCCUAGUGAUUUCCUCAGUUACUACUGUAUGGGACAGUUAAGACUGCUACUAACAUGCUGUCCAUCAUAUCCCCUCCUUUGCCAAGUCGUAGGACCAGGGGGAUUAAAAAUAUGCCAACCCCCCAGGUUCCUCCUCUGACCCCAGGGACUAACCAGAAGAUGUCCCAAGCGCUGCUGGAGAGCUUUAAGACCUUUGAGAGGGAGCAGCAGAGGCUGAGGAUCACCAAAGACCCCCAGCAGUGGUCGGAGAUCAACAUCUACCAGUGGCUCCAGUGGGCAAUCCGAGAGUUCAACCUAGAGGGCGUGCAAGUACAGAACUUUGCCAAUAUGGUGGGCUCCACACUUUGCGACCUGCCAAAGGAUGAUUUCUUGGCUCUGUGUCCUCCAUUUGUGGGAGAAAUUCUUUGGGAACAUCUGGAGAUCAUGCAGAAAGAAGUUGAACAACAGAGGGCAGCACUGGGCAAUGUACCUGAGAACUUCAGUCAGUCCGUAUUUGAGGAUGGGUUCAUGAACUUAGCACGAGAGCCAGCACAGCAACAGCCACAACAACAGGGACAGCAACCAAUACAGCAACAACAACAACAACAACAACCUUCACCAGCAGCGACCACAGCGCCCCCUCCCCCUCCCACUUCUGGCUCAGGAUUUGGAGGAGCUUAUCCCAUCUCUGAAUCCAUGCACACACUGAAUCAGAUGAGUGGAGAACAGCUCAUACCACCAGGAUACGGAGAGGACGCAGACUACCAUCGCCUGCACGACCCAACGCAUGCUGCUGCACAUGCAAACAACUACUACGAGCACGAGUUCUACCCCAACAUUCCUGAGCAGAAGUACAGGCCACCAUUAGAUUGUAGAGCCAAGUACCUUGACCAGCGCCAAGCCGAGCCACCCCAUCCCUUUGAGCGCGUCUUCAAGCGUGAACCCUACACACCCGAGUACUAUGACCAUCGUGAGCCACCAUUUCAGACAGUCCCAGAGUGCUGGACCAAUCAAGAUCAGCUUGCAGACAGUUGGUCAAGCAAUGACUUGCGGCUGAGUAUGAGCGGAGGUGGUUUCCGCCAUCUUCAUGCUGUCCAUGAACGUCCUGGAGAGUCCAAGCCAGUCAUCCAGGCAGCCGCGCUUGCUGGAUACUCUGGGAGUGGACCCAUCCAGCUGUGGCAGUUCCUCCUAGAACUCCUCACAGACAAGUCCUGCCAACACUUCAUAAGUUGGUCCGGGGACGGCUGGGAGUUUAAACUGUCCGAUCCUGACGAGGUGGCUCGCCGUUGGGGCCUGAGGAAGAACAAACCAAAAAUGAACUAUGAGAAGCUGAGCCGAGGCCUGCGAUACUAUUACGAUAAGAAUAUCAUUCAUAAGACUGCUGGUAAACGUUAUGUGUACCGAUUUGUUUGUGACCUGCAAAGCUUGCUGGGAUACACGCCAGAGGAGCUGUUUCGAGCAUGUGACAUCACCCCCCAGAAGGACAAGGAUGAUGAUUGAUUCACUGGAAGGAACAUGAAAGUAAAAACUGGACAUGAUACAAUGGUGAUUCUUGGCUUGGUGUCUGUGGUAACAUUACUGAACAAAAGACUAGGGUAACAUAGUUACGCCUGUAACUUCAUUGAUUAAGCACUGAGAAAACUUGGUUGAACUUGUUACUAAGAUUAUUAGAAAAAGCUGAGAGAAGACAUCUGGAGCAAUAUUUGUUACAAGAUAUCAGUUGUGACUUGAAUUUUCAGCAGUUCCAGUGCGCCAAGAUGAAACCUUGUGUUUCCUUGCAUUUAGCCUAACUGAGGCCAGCUAGCAUCUAUUAUAGUUAUAUAUCACUCUGUUACAUAUACAUAUAUGUGAAUUUGUAACAGAUCGCCAAUGCUUGGUCCAGCAAAGUGAUCGACAUUUGUGCCUUGGAGUUGAAUGUUGUCAAGUGCCUGAUUUUAGAAAGUUAAAUUGGUAGUAGGUUUUAUGUGGGUGGAACUCCAAGGUGAUUUCAGAUUUCUUUUAUCAAAAUGAAAUUGUUCUAUCUUUCUUGUACAUGUUUUUACUAAGUUGGCCAAAUGAUGUUUGUCGUAAGCUGCAUGAAAGUAUAGAAAGACGCCUGUCUUUAUCUCGGCUGUUUGAGGAGAGUGGCCAUUUUAAAUUUUCUUCUGGGAGCAGCCAUUUUGAAACAUGGCCCAUUUAUCUUAGCAUAUUGGUUGUGUUUUAAUAUACUGAGAUAAAAAA